AUGUCAACUACUAAAAGCCGCAAUUUAGCUGUAUUCUUCUUAGGUGACCCAGAAGUACAGUGUCAUAAUAUGGAACGUGUGAUCUUCGAAAUCACUGCUGAUCCUGAACUUGCUGGCGAGAAACCGUUUGCUGAUAUCACUAGUAGAAGUUGUUUUCUCAAUGAAGAAGAAGUUCUUAUUAUGUUCGGUUCAAUCUUUCGAAUUAUGAGUGUUGAUCACGAAGCAAGUGGGAUUUCGAUCGUUAAGAUAGAAUUGUGUACUAAUGACAGCAAAGCUUUUACUACAAUUUUAGAGCAUUUAAAAAACGAAUACGGUGGAGGAUAUGGUGAAACAGACCUUAUUUGUGUCGGUCAAGUUAUUCGUCGAAUGGGAUGUUCUAGUACGGCUGAACAAUAUUUUCAUCGUUACCUUAGUUCAUUAGGUAAUGAAGCUGCUCAUUUAAGUACAUGCUAUUAUAAUCUUGCAGUUGUGGCCAACGACAAAGGUGACUAUCAUUCAAGUCUCGAGCUUCAUCGCAAAUCUCUUAAUAUUAAAAUACAAAUUUUAAAACCUAAUGAUCCAGAACUUGCGGAAAGUUACAAUGGUUUAGGCAAUGUUUAUCGACAAAUGUGUCAAUACAAAAAUGCAUAUGAAUGUUACAAAAAAGCAUUUACUAUUUGGAAAAAUAUAUUUGGCGAGAACCAUCAAAAAGUUGCUGUCACGUAUCAAAAUAUAGGCAUUAUUUAUGUUCAAGAAAAAAACUAUUCUAAAUCUCUUGAAUAUCAUACAAAAGCAUUAUUCAUUCGCCAAAGUCAGCUUCCACAUAACCAUCCUGAAUUAGCUGAUUCACAUGACCAUAUUUCAACUGUCUACUGUUCCCUUGGGCUUUACAAUGACGGAUUGAAACAUUUGAAGGAAACGCUUAGAAUUUUUCGGACUUCGCUUCCUCCAAAACAUCCAUCUAUCGCAAGGGCAUAUAAAGACUUAGGUUACAUUUAUGAAAAGAAGCAUGAUUUAAAAAAUGCGAUCUCAAAUUAUAAACAAGCGAGAACUAUUUAUAAUGAAGCAUUGCCUGCUACACAUGUAACUAUUGUGGAACUCGAUAAAACCAUUCUUCGCAUCGAAUCAAAACUCAAGCAUAAGUCCUCUAAGUGA